AUUAAAUUGAUUUAAAUCCUCAACCCUCGGAACACAACACAAGAGAGUGGACACAUCCAUCCAACCAACCCCUCUCGCCUCAUACACAGCCCACACACAGGGGCAACAGGAAGUAGUCAGCCAUCAGCCGCCGACCAUCAUCAUCGACCAGUGUUGUACAACAUGUUGCCGCAACAGUAUUGUUUGCGGUGGAAAUACCACCACAGCAACCUGCAAACAAUGUUUUCACAGCUGCUGGAUCGUGGCUGUUUCUGUGAUGUCACCUUGGCGUGUGAGGGUCAACUGAUACGGGCCCAUCGAGUCGUCCUGUGCGCCUGCAGUACAUUCUUCGACACGGUGCUCACAAAUUAUGCCAGCGAACGAGAUCCAAUUAUAAUUAUGAAGGAUAUCUCGUUUGCCGAUAUCAAGUGUCUGAUUGAGUUUAUGUACAAGGGCGAAAUCAAUGUGGAGCAUGCCAAUUUGGCAUCCCUGCUCAAGACAGCCGAUGAUCUCAAAAUAAAAGGUUUAGCCGAGGUGACAUGGCGGGAUGAUGAAGACGGGCCACCGCCUCCCACACCACAGACAGAAUUCUAUUCACCAACAACAUCACGAAGUCGUGAUAUGAACCCCUACGACCAUUAUGGUCACGAGCCAUCACAUCAAGCAAGAUCUCAUAGCCCCUCGGGGGAGAGGGAACAAAAGACACCAUCACCCAAACAUGGUACUGCAAUGAAUGCACGCUUACCCACUUUGACACCCAUACUAUCGUCAACGGCCGCAAAUGGUUCUGUGGUGGCAGCGGUGUCACCAAAUGAUGCCUAUUUGGGGCCGAAACGUAAGCGGGGACGGCCACCAUUAGAUGACUCCUAUGAUGUGUUUAAUGUGCGCAAACUGGGCCAUUAUGCCGAUCCGGGAGAUCAGCCACCCUACAUGGAGGGAGGAUCACAUUUUAACGAUGAACGUCCACAUCAUCAGCUUACAACCAACACCCAACAUUCCCGACCCAAUUCCCCCUCGGCCGCCGAGGCCUAUCAACAUCAUGUACAACAACAAAAACAACGUCUUCGCUACAAGCCACACAAGGGUCGAGAUAACUCCCAGGCGGAUGAUGAGACAGCAACCGAACCAGAAUGGAUAACCAGUUCAUUGGAGGCCGAAAAGGCAACAAAAGAUCUCAAUGAUCAUGAUGAGGAUGACAAUUCCAAAAUCCUACCCCAUGACAAUGAUGCCAUCGCAUCUAGCGCUGAAACCAUAACCAUUAAAAAAGAGAAACCUUGCAGUGAUUCGUCACCCGAAGCUACUCAACACAAAGAGCCAAGGCGUAAAAAUUCCAAAGAUGAAUCACAGAAAUCACCCAAAACCGAACAAAAUGAAGAAUUUAUCCAGGACGAUGCAGUGGCGGCCACAGUUCCCCAGACUGUUGAAGAAAUGGAAACACAACAGCAACAAAAGAAUAAUCACACAACCAAGGAAAAAUCCUCCACAAGCAGUGGUUCCACAUCCAGUUCCACGUCCUCACCUUCCACAGGCUCGGCAUCUUCACCCAACGGCCCCACGGCAGCUCACAAGGCAUCAUCAUCUGCAAAUGCCACAAAUCAUCAUUCCCAUCAUCAUUCCUCAUCGAAUUCACCAUCAGCCUCAACCUCCACAGCCGUCGUGUCCAAUCAUCAUGGACAUCAUACAGCUGCAGCACCGCCUCCGCCCACAGGUGCCCCCUCUUUACAUCCCCAUUCGCUGUCACAUCACUAUGGCAAAUAUGUCCCCGAAGGUUAUCUCAUCAAUGAACAUGGUAUUCUGAUGACUCAUGAUUUUAUACACGCCCCAACGGCCAGCAUACCCACAUCUGCAGCGGCGGCUGCUUCUAACGGCUCGGCUGGCGGUAAUCAUCCCGAUGAAUAUGUUGACAUUAAAAUGGACGAUUAUAAUGAAGCCGAUUUACGUUUGACCAGCGAGGAAAUGUCCCAAUGGCAGGAUGUCAUAAAAAUGGAUGAUUAUCUUGCCAAGGGUCGGCGGCCACAAUUUUGGGAGGAACCCUUUACGAGAAGGGUCCUCGAUGCCAUCAAAAAUAAAAGACUUGAAAUGAAGAAGGCGGCACGCAUUUUGGGUGUAUCGUACGGAACCCUCUAUGGUCGCUAUCGAGAGGUAUAUGGUUGUCUAAAACAUCCCUACAGCAGCACAUCAAUGAGACCACAAAGUUCCAUAAUGCAGCAUCGAUUUGAUAUGGCUUGGCCGACACCAAAACCGGGACAAUUGGACAUUGGUAAAUUGCGACCCAAAGACUUGAGUGAACUCUGGACACGGCCGCAGAUGUGAGAGAAAACUACCAAAACAAUGGGACGAAGACCGCUACAAAAAUCACAGAGUCAUACAAAAUCCAAGAAAUAAGGAAUUAAACAGUUUUCAUGAAAUGACUUAAAGGAAUACUUUGCAACAAAUUGAAAAUGUAAAGCCAAAGUCUACAAAAAAACAAAAAACCGGCACAAAGUCAUAAAAGCUUAGAAAAAAAAAAAACAGUUUUGUUAGCGUUCAUUGGUCACAAUUCCUCCCCACUACCAUUCCUUCCUGUGUACAUAAACAAAUUACAUGUCUAGUGAAUUUUUUUACAAUUAAGCAAAAACAAAAAUAAUUUUCUAAAAGUAUGACAAUUAAGUUUUAUAAAAAUAAAAUAUGUUUAAAGAAAAAAAAAACAACAAUAUUGAUAAUUAAAUUUAUACUUAAUUAUAAAUUAUAAAACCAUAUAUACAAUAAAGUAAUUACUAGAUUUAAGUAUAAAUUAUUACAAAGGCAAAAAAAAAAUCACAAAUGAAAAAAAAACCCACAGAAAAAAGACAAACCUUAAUUUUUAGUGUGAGGCUUUUUUUUAAGAUUUGUGUGUUUUAGUUUCUUGUUAAUUUUUUUAAGAAUAUUUUUUUGUACAUUUUUUAAUAAUAGUUGUAAAACUUCCAUCUUGUGUUUUAAUUCCUAUGUCAUCACAACAAAACAUUCUUACCAAAUUCA